GUGAUGCAGGAAAAUGUUCACAAUGUAGCUACACUCAAUGACUAAAAGGGGGAAGCACAAAGAAAUUGGCUGCUUAAGCUGGGAUGGUCCUUUAACUCUAACAGUAGAUUUGUUAUAGUUAUAAAUGAAGUGAGGAGCGACCCCCCAUUGCUGUUUUUUAUUAAAUUAUUUUUAUAAAGUGAAGUAAUAAUCGACAUUGAUGUGGAAGUUUUUGUCAGCUACCAGCUAACUAGUUAGCUAGCAAUCUGAGUUAACGCGACGAGUUUGCCUCAGUUCGUUUCUUGUCGUAAACGCUGCCUUGGCCAACUUACUAACUACUUUAUUUGAGCUGGCACACCUGAAGUAAUGUACAUCCAGGUCAACACAGAGGAAUCUGUUAAAAAGCACUGUGGAUGUCAAGGUCACAACGAUGGAGCUGAAUAGAGAGACACUCUGAUCCAUGGCCAAUGCCAUCUGAGGGACUCUGUACUAAAGUGUGGAAGUGCAAAACCUGAAUCCUGGCAGAUUUGGCAAAGGCCUGAGGGUAUGUUGAGACGUCCUGCUAGACCAGAGCAGAGGCGUCCAGGUGGUUCCGACGGGGACUGAAGGUGAGGAGAAAGGACAGACGAGGGGACCAGGGAGGAAGACAUGGGCCAGUGUGUCACCAAGUGUAAGAACCCAACGUCCUCACUCGGCAGCAAGAGUGGAGACAAGGAGAGUGGCUCCAAGUCCUACCACAAGAAAGGAGGCGGAGCCGGUGGUGGUGGGGGCCACAAAGAAGAACCUAGUGCCCCGUGUAGCAAAGCCACCAGCGAGCUGUCCAAUGGCACAAAGGCUCCUGAGGUCACUGUGGAGACGCCCGUCAUCCCCACAGUAAUGGGGGAACCACGCAAGGAUGAGAGUCUGGAUGGGGACGGGCUGUCACUGAUGCGCAUUGAGGAGCUGUUCUCCUGCUACAAGGAUGAGCAGGAAGACGCCAUUUUGGAGGAAGGCAUGGAGAGCUUUUGUAACGACCUGUGUGUGGACCCAGCAGAGUUUCGAGUGCUUGUUCUCGCCUGGAAGUUUCAAGCAGCGACAAUGUGCAAGUUUACAAGGAAGGAAUUCAUUGAGGGCUGCAAGGCCAUAAAGGCAGACAGCCUGGAGGGCAUCUGCUCACGUUUCCCCUGCAUGCUGUUAGACGCCCAGGGUGAGGAGAACUUCAAGGACCUGUACCGCUUCACUUUCCAGUUCGGCUUGGACGCUGAGGAGGGACAACGCUCGCUGCAGCGUGAAAUCGCCAUCGCCUUGUGGCGCCUUGUUUUCACCCAGGACACACCUGCAAUCCUGGAGCGCUGGCUGGACUUCCUGGCAGAGAACCCCUCAGGUAUUCGGGGCAUCUCAAGGGACACGUGGAACAUGUUUCUCAACUUCACCCAGGCCAUCGGGCCUGACUUGAGCAACUACAGCGAAGACGAGGCCUGGCCCAGCCUCUUCGACACUUUCGUGGAGUGGGAGCUGGAGCGCAGGAAAAAAGAGGAGGAACAGGCACUGACGGCAAAUGAGGAAGAGAGGAGGUGUACUGAGACAGAGUGUUCUCCCACCACAGACAGACGUGAAACAGAGGGGAGUCGCGGCUCACAGACGUGGGGGGGCCACUGACCAGGAAACAUGAAAUAUUUGUAAAGGAGGGAAGGAUGUGACCUACACGUGAACUGUGCAUCUGUGAAUCAUUGAAUGAAUAUGAGUAUUACAGUGACAGCUGUUCAUCUGGGCUCUCCUUUUUUCUGUCGGGUGGGAUUCCUGCUUUGCAACCUUGUUUUUUUGGUUUUUGAAAGGGCUCUAAGAACUUUUCUGUUUUAAGCACUUCUAUUUAAGUUAUUGUUUUACUUUUCUCUCCUCCCAUGAGUGUUUUUAGUCAACGGACGUGUGGUCCAUUUUAACAUAUACCUACCUAACAUAACCCAGCAGAGUUAGCUCAAUAAAAGCUUAAUUUUCAUUACAAGCGUCAGGAAAAGCCAUAGACAUUUCCCACAUUUAUCAUUUAGACAGUUGAUUUUGACCAGGUAACAGUACUGGUAUGUUUUCUGCAAGGAACUAGUUAAUAAUAAAUAAGAAGGGAAAUUUUGGCAACCUGUGGACAACAAAAUAUGAGAUUUACAGUGAGAGUUGGGGUCAUGAAGCUCAUCUUGACUGAGCUAAUCCACAUGGAUUGUAUGCUUUUAUCUUGCAGUGCUGUGAGGAUUAAUUGAUUGCACAUAUAUGCCUUUGUAACUGUUAGCCUGCAGUAUCACUGCAAACGGUAACGGGUUACAGUUCUGUCACAAGGGCGUUCAAUUUUCAAAUAACUAAAAAACAUCAUUUACAUUUAAUACACAAGUUGGUUUCUGUAACACACCCACCCUCUCUUCUGCGUUGAGUGUUUUGAGUGCUACUUGUGCAGUUAGCAGCGUGUUAAAGCAGCUGACUGUGCUCCUUUUGACCUAAAGCAUGAACCAUUUUAACGUCCACCUAUUUUCAAGAAGCGGUUAAGUGUUUAAAACACAAUGAUGCUAGCUUUUCUCUAAGAUUGAAGCCUGGGACACAAAGUGGCAAGAGCCUGGUCUUGGUGCAUAAAUUCAUGACAGUUAACACUGGGUCACACGCAGUGCUUUUAUUUACUUUCAGGGGUUAAAUAUUAUUCCCAUCUUUGAACUACUAUAUUUUAAAGAAAUGUCUACAUAUUCCACAAAUAAUGUUGGCUGCUGCUGGUGAUGGUUGUAAUGGAGUGCACAAAAAAACCAAUGGCAUGCUUAGUGGAUAUACUUGCAAUGCUUUGCAGAGAGAUUGAUGUCAACCACAUCAUUUCCAUUUCAACCUUUUCCAAACAGUAGAUGGUUCUUAAGUAUAGCCUAGGGUGUUUUGAGAUGAGUGAAUGAGUAUUAACUAGACAUGCUUGCUAAUCAAGAGUCUGUGAUAUGGGUCCAAUGUGGUAAGAAGGGUGGCCAUAACCUGAUCUGUUUGGUUUACAUCUAAAAUGGUUUUAUUUCAAACCCCUUUGUCCUUUUUUAUAUAAAAUGUAUUGAUUUAUAAUAAAUAAAACAGUGUUGAA